AUUUAAAAAAUGGCAAUCGAAAGGAAAGGAACGCAUUCGGAACAAGUUGUAUGAAUGAAUCGGCUGUUGACCUUUUCACUGUCAGAUACGGAAAUUGGUUAAUUUUGUAAUUGUUUUGUAAAAAAAUACUAAAAAGAACUCACCCACUCAACGGAGCUGUGAAUAAUUGUGAUAAAAAUAACAUAAGUGGAAAUUUCUUACGUAAAUUAUAGGUGAAAAGUGUAGAAACGGAACAGCGACCAGUUAAAUCAGUUUUAACGACGCGGUCAGGGCGGGACUGGUUUUUCACUGUAGAAACCUACGAAAAUGGACAACAAAGAGGAAUAUCACGAUCCUGACUAUCCGGAGGCACCGGUCUGCGUGAAGGAAGAGCCUCCGAUCGAGUCCGAGGAGGAAAAAGUGGAGAAAAUCAAAGAAAUCAUCAGGCGGGAAUUUUCAAAUGAACUUGAAAUAAGAGAUGAAGUAAUGCUUUUAGAUCAGAGGAUGACGUCGUCACGUCGUCUCCUCCACCGGCUACGCUACGCCAUAGUGAACAGUUACUACAAUGAACUCAAAUUGCAAAUAACAAAUGGAAAAAUACAGGAUGAAAUUGCUGGUCAAGAUCCCAGAGCUAAAGCUGCGACAUCAUCAUUGCUGAGGGAAGGUCAGAGUAAUAUUCACCCGUCACUGAAGAAACUUCUGGGCAAAAAAACUGCAGACCUGUCAGAGAUAUUCAAGACCAGGGCGCCGAGGAACAAAACCAGGAAGGACUACUCUGCAAUGCUCCAGAAACGCAACUACACAAUAUCAGCUGAUGCGACGAAGACGCUCAGACCGGACAGAAUGGGCGAUGACUCUGAGCCGUGUAGCAGCCGGCCCAGGAAGAUACCGCGGCACCUGGAACCAAAAUCCAGGAACGUGCUCACACUGGAUGAGAGCACAAGGAACCAGAUGAAACAUCGCUAUAGGAUUAUUAUAGGCAACACGUCUAAGUACGCGCCAGCGGAGUCGGAAGCGGACCGCUCGACGCACAAGUGGCUGCUUUACGUGCGCGGGCCGCAGCGCGAGCCGGACGUGUCGCCGCUCGUCACCGCCGUCACCGUGCGGCUGCACCACUCGUACGCGCCGCACCACACCGUGCAUCUCACGUGACAAGCCCCGUUCCAUAUAACGCGGCGCGGGUGGGGUGAGUUCCCGGCGCGGGUGGAGUUGCACUUCGCGCUGCCUCAGCGGAACCGGCCUGCGCUCGUGCACCACACCAUCAAGCUGGACACAAGCUGCACUGGAGUACAGACUUUGGGAGCCGAAACGUUAGUUGAUGUUUGGUUGUACAGUACGCCAGAGAUGUUGAAAUAUGAGUACAAAGAGGAUCUAGAAACUUUCCCACUGAAAGAAGAAACACAAGACACACAAAGAGCCAUACAAACACAAGUUAUAGAAAAAAUUCAGCCGAAGAUCGAGCCACCAGAACAAGAACCGUUCGAAGACAGCUACGAUGCACAAACGUACAGUCAUACAGACAAUUGGCUGGACUUCUUCAGUAAAGAACCAAAAGAACUUGACGUGGACGAGAUGAUUAUUAAACCCGAGAAGAAAAUAGAAGAAACUAUUGAUUUAGACAGUCUAAUAGAAGGAAACGUUAUAUCUAAAUGUGCGGAGGAUUGUGUCGUCAAAUGUGAACCAGAUUGGUUGCAGAACUACGAGGAUAGCAGCACUGAAGAGGUUCCGAAGGAAAUUCUAAAUCAACCAACAUUACCCAAGAAGAGAAUAGUGAAAUACAUUGAACCUACUACAGGAAAAAUAUAUUAUUUAGAAAUGGAUCGAAAUUUAGACCUAAGUACGGUCCAGGAAAUAGUUAUAAACAACACUACCGCUAAAAUAAGCCCAAUAAAAUCAAACGGAAUGAAGAAUCCUAUAAAAAAGAAGACUGGUGUAUCACUACUCAAACCUGAAUUAAAAUGUUUGUUGAAAAGUGAAAAUGCUCUUAAAAAUGAGAUGAGACAUACAAAUUUGACACAUAUAGAAAACGACCAUUGUUACUUGGCCACGCCAAUGAGGGGAGACGAAAGUGCUGAUGUGAAAGUUAAGAAAGAGAAGUCGUUGUACGAAUACUUAUGUUCAGUUAUGUAUAGGUUCCAGUGCAUUAGGGCAGCUGUAAAUUUUUUACUAAAAAAAAUCCCACUCAUCAGCGACCAGGCGCGGGAUCCGGAUUUUGUGAAAUAUUUCCCUUUUGUAGUCGAGAGCUACGAGAAGUAUUGGAAAAUGGAUUUCGCUAAGAGAAGAAACAUCGAAUGGUCCAGGGCGAAGUUAAUAAACCGAAUUUUGUCACUUCAUCACCCACAAGCCGACUGCGUGUGGAGAACGAAACAGAUCAUCGUCUUCUCGCGUCUGCACGGUCACCAUCCCAUCAGGAACGAGUGUUUAUCCCAAAGAGCAGACACUAACGACUGGUCCUCGUGGAACGAAGUCAUCAAUAUCCGCCAAAGCGAGACGAAAAUCAAACAGAUAUAUCCGAAAGUGACGGAUAUUACGACACUGUCAAUUUUCCGACCAGAAGAUUACGAGAUGUCGGAGCUGGUUAGUCUUUCGGAUUCUGAAGAUGAAAUCGACGUAGUCGAGGCCAGGUCGCCACCUAGGGUGGUGAAAGAGGCACCCAAGGAAGAGGUUCUGCCGAUAUUGCCGGUGGAAGACGAGGAUGACCGACUCAGAUUCUUGUAUGUGGAGAAGAAAUGUGCUGAUAUUGGCAUCGAUUUAAGAUGCGAGGAUGUUGGCAACGGAUAUUUUUAUAGUGCUGUACAUGCAGUGUUGCUGUCUGCUAUGAAAUGCUUCGCAGAAGAGCUGUUGAGAAGUGCGUUGGCUUCGAAGUUGACGCAAGACGCCAGCGAACACGCCGUACCUGCGAUAUGGGCUGGGUCGUCGUCUUCUCGCACGGUGGUGAGCCUGGAGCACGUGUACGGCGCGCUGCACAACCCGCGGUUACACUCGCUCGCCGCCAAGGACCUCGGCACCACCAAGAAAAACACCACCUCACUAUAAUAUACCGCCUACCAUAC